AUGCCCGAAUGUACGCAUCCAAUAGUUGGUAUCGGAAUAUUUGUAAUUCGAGGAAACAAAUUCCUGAUUGGUAAAAGAAAAGGAAGUCAUGGACACGGUGAGGUACUUGAAGAAACAAACCUCGAGAUCACCAAUGUAACCUAUCAAACUGUAACCAACAGUAUAAUGGUAAAUGAAAAUAAGCAUUACGUAGAUAUUUUUAUGCGUGCUGAAGUUGUUGAUGUGGAUGCUGAUCCUUUGGUAAUGGAACCCAACAAAUGUGAAGGUUGGGAAUGGGUAGCAUGGGAUGAAUUUAUACAAGGUGGUAUUACUGGUACUACUGGUACUGAAAAUAUUCAGAAUAUUCAGAACGGUGAAAUUAACAAGUAUAGACCUAUGUUUCAUCCUAUGGAAACUUUAAUUAUUACUAGAAACGGGUAUCGACCAUGUUAG